GUCAGUUUCCCAUCUCUCUCUUUUUUUUCUUUUCUUUGGGCUGGGUCGCAAUUUUUUUUUCUUUUUCUUUUUUUUCCACUUUCUCUCUGCAAGGCGGGUGGGGCUGGUUUCUGGGUUUGUAUCAUUAAGUCCAUGGUUUCUGGUUGCCUUCAUGGUUUUUGGGUUCUUUGUUCAUGAUUAAAAGGUCCGGAGAAUUUGGAAAUUGGAAUCGGGGGAGUUUGAUUGGAAUGUUGGGUUACUUAUAUGGUGGUGGGUGAGGGGGAUUGAAUAUCGAUGAUGGAUAUGGGUUUGGUGGUAGUGUGAUUUGAUCUUACAAUCCGUUUAUCUCCACAACUAAUUAAUGAUCUUACAAUCCGUUUCUGCGAGUUUCGACUUCUCGCAGCCUCUUUUUGUCCACUGCCCAUGUGGAAAUUUCGCCAAUACAAACACCAGUUGGGUUCGUUCUUCAGCUGCUGGAAGAAGAAGGAAGCAGGUACUUAUAGCCGGUUUUCGGCGUAAAGAUGUUAGAAGAAAACUGGGUUUUACUGCUUGUGCGAUUUCCCCAGAUGGGUCGGGGACUAAUAAUAUGAAUAUAGAGAUUGCAAAUUCAACUAGAAGGGCCGCCAAGAACUUGGUGCUGAAGCGUUUUUCAAGUGAAUUGGAUGCGCUCGAUGAGUUUUCGGAUGAGUCACAUAUUCAAAUGGGUUCCAAUUUCACAAGUUUUCAAGAAGACCCUUUUGUUGAUAAGCUUAGGACUCAGCUAGGAGUCAUACACCCAAUGCCGUCGCCUCCGAUAAACCGAAACAUUGUGGGGUUGUUUGUCUUCUUCUUUUUUGUGGGGGUUGGGUUUGACAAGUUCUGGACUUCAAGGAAGAAAGGCAAGCGGGGAAGUGAGAAUGGUCCGAGGGAGGCGUGGCCGCAAGUGCCUACGAGCUUCUCAUUGUUUUUGGAGAAGGAUUUGCAGAGGAAGGAGUCGGUGGAAUGGGUGAACAUGGUUUUGGGGAAGCUCUGGAAGGUUUACAGAGCCGGGCUUGAGAAUUGGCUCAUUGGGUUGCUUCAGCUGGUCAUUGAUAAUUUGAAGAAGCCUGACUAUGUUGAGAGAGUUGAAAUCAAGCAGUUUUCGUUGGGGGACGAACCAUUGUCUGUUAGGAAUGUCGAAAGGAGAACAUCCCGUCGUGUCAAUGAUCUACAUUGGGUCUGGAGAAGAUGAUCUGAGAGUUGGGAGGAAGAAGAAAAUGAAGAGAGCUUGAGGAAGAAGAAGAAAUCUAGUGAAAGGACGAGAAUACCCCUCAAAGUUUGACAGUUGACUAACACCGUAACGGCCAACAGUGCUUUAGGCACUAAAGUUGGGUCGGGGUCCAAACUUCAGGUACCAAAGUAAUAGUUUUAAAAACUUGAGUACUGAAGUUACUAGUGGGUCAUAGGUUGGGUACUGUUUGUAUUUUUUUCCCUAAAAAAAAAGAAGAAGAAAAAAGCCUACAUGACAACCAAACUUGAUAAUAUCAAUACUAUUAGUCAACGACAUAUUGAUUUUUUUAUACAUAACUUUAUGUGUCCAUAUAAAUAGGACAUGGGAGAGUGCUAGGCUCACACUCAAGUGAGUGUGUGUGAACCACAC